GACGUGUGUCUCUCGAUGUACAUUUUUCUCCAUACGCUAGCUUUUCCUUCAAAUUUUGGUUUGUUGUCAACUCAGAGAAUGUAUCUUCAUAAUCAUAUUAAAAGUUUUCUGCAAGGUUAAAAACAUGCAGCAAUUCAUAUUGGCUGUAAAAAAAAUAUAUUUAACGAUAAAAAUAUGGCAUCCAAACUUGAUGAAACUGAUGGAAAUAUUAGCAACGAUCAACAACAAAAAGCAUCAUCGACAGAAGAUGAAAACUAUGAUGACAUAAUUGACGAAAGGGGUGAUUAUAUUUUCUUUGGAUCAACACAUAGGUUUCGAACAAAUUCAGAACCACAACCAGGUUCCACACCAGUAACACCAUGUAAUUGUGCUUUAUCAGAAAUACCAAAAGAUAACUGUAUCCAGAAUAACACAGAUUCUUCUGACAAAGAAGUUAUUGAUGAACAAAAAAAUAAUGAAUCAAAUAUAAACUCAUGUACUCAUAAUAAAGAAUCUCAUGCUGUGGAUGAAAUACCAGGAAUAAAAGAAUAUGAUCCUACUAUUGAUGAUAGGUUACCAGAAACUGUGACAUUAUUAACCACACCAGAUGGAGGAAAAUUAUACUUAAUAGGAACAGCACAUUUUAGUAUCGAAAGUCAAAAUGAUGUGUCAAAGAUUAUACAAGCAGUACAACCUCAUAUAGUCGUGGUUGAAUUAUGUAAAGCUAGAGUUGGUAUAUUGCAACUUGAUGAAGAAGCUAUAUUUCGUUGUGCUAAGGAUCUUAGUUAUCAAUGUAUCAUGGAUAUACUUAAAAAAGAAGGAGUUUAUAAUGGUUUACUGCAUGUUUUGUUGCUGAGAAUGGCAGCUCAUGUUGCCAAAGAACUCGGAAUGCCACCCGGUGGUGAGUUCCGAAGAGCAUUCGAAGAGGCAAGAAAAGUGCCAAAUUGCAUCAUUCAUAUGGCCGAUCGACCUAUUCAUAUAACAAUGGAACGUGCACUACGAUCGUUAUCGUGGUGGCAGACUAUAAAGCUAGGUUGGCACUUGGCAUUUAUGAAGAGACCCAUUACCCAGGAAGAUGUCGAGCUCUGUAAACAGCGAUCGAUGUUGGACGAAAUGAUUGCUAGCAUGAAAGGAGAAUUUCCAGUAUUAGGAGAAGUGUUUAUCAAGGAAAGAGAUAUUUAUCUAACGUACUCGCUGCAAAUAGCUUGUAUGCCUCAAUUUACACCCCAUGGUAUCAAACCAAUGCGAGUUGUUGGAAUCGUUGGUUUAGGGCACACACCAGGUAUUAUCGAAAAUUGGGGUAAAGUUCAGCCUACUGAUAUAUCACCUAUUUUAAAAGUACCACCACCGUCAAUGUCGAGUAAAAUCCUGAAGCUGACCGUCAAAGCGUCUGUGCUCAGUGCUGUAAUUUAUGUAAGCUACAAAGUUAUAGCAGUACCUGUUGCUUUUACAUUUCAUUCUAUCAAGUCAUCGGUUGAGGGACUUCUAAAGGCAAUCUCGGACUUCUUUGGGUUUCUUUGUUGAUACACGAUUGGGGUAAGCAUGGAAGCGAUUGCUUCUAGCGACAAGUAUGAACACACUCUAGCCGGUGUGAUGUAUGUAGUAAAUAAUAUACCGGGGCCUGGUAUAGAUGUAGUAGAUUUCGAAUCGGAAUAUUCCUUUGGUUGCU